GUAAGAACUCAAGUCUAUUGGAGCAAGCUUUCACAAGACGACAUCUACGUAAGCCUUUUCUAAGUUAAACGAUUAACCCGCCUCUUAUUACGUUGGUAUCAUCCAUCUUAAGUUUUGUCUCAAGCCGUCUCGAGAUUUUAUGACGCUUUAAUGAGAUAGCCACCCUUAACAUUGCGUACUUGGUAGUUUAGCCUCUGUUCGCCCAGGCUUAGUUGUCAGUUGUCAGUUGUCGACUUACACGGCGACUAUACGUUCCUGACGACUAUAUAACUCGGCGGCCAUACUAUUGCCGCGUGAACCUUUCGAACCAGCGGGUACAUGAAUACAAUAAUACAUGAGCUCUUUUCAACAGCCAUCUCAACAAGUCAAAUAAUUAUUGACGACUAGGCCGUUACUAAAUUUGCGGACCCUUUCCUCAUUCUCUAAAGUACCUAACAUACCUACCCUCUCCUCAUUCUCUAAAAUACAUACCUUCCCUCUCUUCUAAAUUCACGACAACUAUCUACUUGAUCUGUCAUUCUUCCACUGGGUACCUUACCUAAUAUUUUCUCAUCUCUUUUUCCCCCAACCAUACGAGGAAGCAAAAGUUCUCUUCUCAGUUAGGCCAUCUUGAUCGAUUCGAGUGUCCCCGCCUAACGAAUAUACUGACACUGCUUUCCCUCUUCUACAAACACCUUAGAUUCAUCUUCCCCAACUACACAUAACAUUGUUCAACUUCUCUCUUCCACCUUCCACCUUCCACCACGAUGAACAACCCCUCCCCCUCAUCCACCAUGGGUUCUGACGACGAAAUUUCCACUUUUCGUAUUGUGAAAAGUGAUGGAGUAGCAAUCCCUGAAGACCGCUUGCAAUAUAACAAAGCAGUCUCGAGCUCCGAAGAAAACUGGCUACGUAAACUCGGAGAAAUGCUAGGCUCACAAUUCUACCCCAAAUCAAACUAUAAAUUCGUCUUGGAGGCAUUCCCUCAGAACUAUACUCUCAGACAGAAAUUCCGAGAAGCCAAGACUACUUCCGACGCGACCUCUUCGGAUACAGCCGUAAACAAAGGCGCUUCGGACUGCUACCUAUAUGGAUAUCCAGAUCUCGGGACGAAAGGCCGUAGCAAGGCAAACUCCAAGAACUAUAGAUCUCCAGCUGAAUUCUUUGACCACUUACUGUGGUUGGUAACUGAUGGCGAAGAUCGAUCCAAGUGUUAUUGCAAACAUUGCAAGUCAUACAACAGUUCUCAAACGAAGACACCGACUGCAAAGGCUCAAGUUCCGGCUAGACCUGGCCCUGCCGCGAAACUGCCGGGACCACUCGGUGGUAAUUCCCCAGCACAGUCCGCUACAACAUCUACCGCGUCCAGUCCGGCACCAAGUGGCCCCUCAGGAACCUCAGUAGCACCAGGAACCUCGGUAGCAUCAGCCCAAAGAGUCGCCUCUGCCGCAUUGACAACGCAAGCAGCGAUAAGCCCUGCCACAGUGGUGAUGCCACAUGACAAGCCUCCACUAUUUAGGGAGGGAGAAGUGGUGUGGUACAUCUUACACAAGUCCUUUCGCUUGGGGCUUGUCAUCCAAAAUCUACCUAGCGACCCAACCACCUCAACUCCUACCAUGCAUAAAAUCAAGCCUUUAUCGCACUCGCGAAGAGCCCUGGAGGACGUUAUACAGCCUGAGAAUGACAUGAGGCCAUUCCUGGCGUAUAGCGUCCCCGCUCCUCAUCCAAUCCUCGACAAGUUCUCCAACCAUCCCAUGGAAGCAAUCCCGUGGGAUUCACUAGAGGCGCAGGUUAGUAAGAUAGACGAAGGUUUAAGCGUCGAAGCCUCUAAGGUAGGCGCAAGUCGUGUAGACCACUCUUACUCUCUCUUUAACCCCCUCGUCGAUCCUACGCUCCAACCCAACCAACAGAGUUUCGGUGGUGUUUUCCUCGGCUGCGAAAAGAUCUGCACAUUCGAGGCCAUCCGAGUACGACUGGAGCAGGCUGAGCACCCGCAGUGGGACAAUCCCGAGCUCCCCUUCGCCAUGGUAGUUAGGAAAAUCGUGCUGGAGGGAACAGAUAAGGGAGAAGAGCUCUUCUUUCACGGCGACCUCUGGCUCUUGCAGGAGACCGACUCGCCGGCCCACGGAGAUUCACUGAGAUACGUCACCCAGGCUAUGGUCCGCGAGAAAAUGUUUCGAGAUAAAGUGAAGCACGCAUUAGGUAUACACCAUGAGUGGCGUUUGAUACAAAACCCUAUCAAAAAGUCGUCGGCGUACGUCCGAGGACGUUUUCACGUAUCGGAGAAGCUCGGACCGCUACUCGACCAAGAAAACUGGGCUGCGACGGUGCAGCAGGGGCACUUCAUGCCUCCUAAGCACAAGUCUCUGAACAACCGCGGUGACUCCAAGAGCUUCGAUGUCGGCCGAAAAGAGUCGCGUUCGGAUACCUUCGCCGGCAUCUUCCCGCCGGGCACUGUCCUAUCUUUCGGACCCGACGUCGUGGAACAGCCCGGAAACGCUUAUCAUCCUCAUUAAGCAUAUAGUACUACGAUAGAUGAGACUGUCGUAACUGCGCGGCCGUCGUUUAAGGAUAUGAUGGAUUGGCUGGUUGGCUGGUU